CAAGGAACGAUGGACUGCACUCUUCUCUUCGUCUCCUUCUGGGCUUUGAUUGGGUCUUUCGCCUUCCAAGCAAAUGCUGAGCAGACGGAGUCAUGCCCGGAGAGGAUUUUGGGCAACGAGAGGCGACGGAACUGUCCCAAGUCCUGCAGACAGGAUAAAGACUGUCCGAGCAAACGGCAGUGUCUCUGUGACGGACAAUGCGGGCUGAGCUGUGUGGCUCCAGGACGCACCUGCCCCUGGCCUCUGCCCCCCAGCCCGAACUCGGUAGCUCUCCUGCUUUCUCCGACUCCUUCCUUUUCCGCCCUACUUGAAAUCCGCUGCCAACCUGGUUUCAAGAUGGCAAAUGGUUUGGAGGCAGCAAUCCGUCGUUGCCAGGGUGACCGACAAUGGAGUGGGGAAGAUCCAGUCUGCAGUGCUGAGACAGAUGCUGCUCCAACGACUGCCCCCAUUUCCUGCCCACUACCAGAAGAGGCUGUGAGUGGAUUUACCCUGGAGGGCAGCGCUGCAGUGGGUUCUUCUGUGCAGUACAGCUGCCAGCCUGGAUUUGUGCUGGUUGGAAAAAGAGAAAAUUUCUGUCAGGAGGAUCAGACCUGGCAGUACCCUCAUCCCAUCUGUCAGCGGGUGUUUUGCCCCCCGCCAAAGGAAGUAGACCAGGGCUAUCUGGUGGCUGUGCAGCGACAGGAAUAUGAAGUAGAUGAAGCCAUCUAUUACCUCUGCAAGAAGACAUUCCAGUUGGACGGGCCCAACCGUGUCAACUGCCAAUCAGACGGCACCUGGAGCACCAUCCCCUCUUGCCGAGCACGUUGCACAGUCCCGGCCCAGCGCAGUCGUGUAAUAGUUGGAGGGGUGAAACUUUGGCCCUAUGAUAUCCCAGAAGGGGUGGUCCCGCAUGGGCAGAAUGUAACCUUCUACUGUAAACACCCAGACCAACAAUGCAGUUUCACUGCUGCGCAGACCUGUUUCGAUGGUCAGCUUACAGCCCCUCCCUGCUACCUUGAGCCCACCUGGCUACAGUUUAAACUGUUCCCUCACCGACUAGUUUCGGAAAUUCCACAGUGUGAGCCCAGUGAAGCCCAGUAACAUCCCAACAUCCUUAUCCUACGUCUCAGAUUCCUCUGCUCUCUAUCAGUGAAAGUGUCAUUUUAGAUUCUCAGACCCAUAUGAUAACUGUUUAUUUGAUUUGAGGGUACUUUGUGUGAUGACAAGUACCCACAACUCACUGACACUGUGUUUCCAGCUUCAUUGCUCUGGUUACAUGUUUAAUGAGACUCCUACUUAUUUCUCCUCUGUAGUACCCUUCGUCAGUUAAGAAUAGGCAAAAUUUGUGUGAGACUGUUAAUUCCUCACCUGCUGUCUGAAUGUCCUUCCACACUGAUUUUAAAAUUUAAGAAAUGACGCGCCAAACCAUGUUUUGUAAGUUACCAGAUGUGAUUUUAUUUAGAAUAAAAACUGUCAAGGAAGUCA